AUGGCGCUAAUAGGACGAGUGGAAGAGUUCAAGGAGUCGCGGGAGGAUUUCGCAUCCUACCUGGAGAGAUUCGAACUGUGGCUAGAGGCAAACGAAAUAAAAGCAGAAAAACAGACAUGGCAUAUUUCCAGAGCAUGUCGGAAUAGGAGACAGACUGCCAAGGCCCAGUAUGUGGAAACGGAGGAUCACAAUGUAGAUGGUGAAGAUGACCCAUUAGGGGUCUUUACAGUUUACAUGGCAUCCAGUGGGGAUGGAGGCAUUAAAAUUAAGGUGAAAGUAUGUGAUGAGGACAUUAGCAUGCAGUUGGAUACUGGCACCAGUGCAGUACGGGGACCAGAAAGCUACACUGCCCCUCAUCAUAGUGAAAGGACGAAUGCACAGCCAGUCUUUUGCAAAGCCCGGCCAGUGCCGUAUUCAUUGAAGGAGGCUGUGGAAAAAGAACUGGAUAGGUUAGAAAAAGAGGGAAUAGUUUCCAAAGUGGAUCAUAGUAAAUGGGGGGCCCCGAUCGUAGUUGUACCGAAGGCUGAUAAAUCCAUCCGCAUCUGUGGGGAUUACAAGGUCACAAUAAAUAACCAGCUGGAAGUAGAGACGUACCCUCUGCCCAACACUGAGGAUUUAUUUGCGACCCUAGCAGGAGGGAAGUGGUUCUCAAAGUUAGACCUUUCACAUGCUUAUCAGCAGUUGAGAUUGGACAAAGACUCUGAAGAGUAUUUAACCAUUAAUACUCACAGAGGACUGUACCGAUACCAUCGUCUUAGCUAUGGGGUUGCCAGCGCACCGUCAAUUUUUCAAUCAGUGAUGGACCAGGUCCUACAAGGGCAAGAUGGAGUGACUUGUUUCUUGGAUGACAUCUUGAUCACAGCCGACACAAAAGCCCUGCACUUAAAAAGGCUGGAUGCAGAGUUGAGCUCUCUUGCACGUUAUGGUUUGAGAGCAAAGUUAGCCAAGUGCAGUUUUCUACAGUCAAGUGUAGAGUAUUUGGGGCAUCGGAUAGAUCAAGAAGGCCUGCACCCUACUCAGCACAAAGUGGAGGCUAUUGUGAAUGCCCCAAAGCCCACAAAUGUCUCGGAGUUACGUGCGUAUUUGGGGCUGUUGAACUAUUAUGGCCGUUUUCUGAGAAACUUGUCUAGUGUGCUACAGCCAUUGCACACUCUGCUUAAAAAAGAGGAAAAAUGGAGCUGGACGCCUGCAUGUGAAGAAGCCUUCAAGAAGGGUAAAGAGAUGUUACUGAGUAGCACAGUUCUGGUACAUUAUGAUACAGAGAAGCCGUUGAGAUUGGCAUGUGACGCAUCCCCGUACGGGGUGGGGGCAGUCAUUUUGCAUUUGAUGGACAAUGGGGAUGAGAGACCAGUUGCGUUCGCCUCUCGCACUCUGACUGAGGCUGAGCGAAAGUAUGCACAAAUAGAAAAAGAGGCGCUGGCAAUCAUUUAUGGAGUAAAAAAAAUUCACAAGUAUCUUUAUGGACGUAAGUUUACUCUCAUCACUGAUCACAAGCCCUUGCUGGCUAUUUUAGGGCCAAAGUCAGCGGUGCCUACAUUGGCAGCUUUGCGCAUGCAGCGCUGGGCGUUGAUUCUCAUGGCUUACAGUUAUGAGCUAGAGUACAAGAAGUCGUCAGACCACCUUAAUGCUGAUGCUAUGUCCAGACUUCCCGUGACCGAGUUGGACAGCACAGCACAAGAAUCCAACGUUUUCUACUUCUCACAUGUGGAAGACUUGCCAGUAACAGCUCAGGACAUAAAAGUGGGCACCAGCAAAGAUCCGUUGUUGAGCAAGGUUUGGAGUUUUACCAUGAAUGGUUGGCCUAACUACCUGAAUGAUGAAAGCUUGAAACCGUACUUUGUCAGGAGACAUGAGCUGUCAGCCGAUCAAGGUUGUGUUUUGUGGGGUCUCAGAGUCAUUGUUCCUCAAAUGCACCGGCCGCAGAUUCUCAAAGACCUGCACCAUGAACACCCGGGCAUAUGUAAGAUGAAGGCCCUAGCUCGCAACUAUGUAUGGUGGCCGGGGUUGGAUGGCGAGAUUGAGGACUUGGUCCAAAACUGUGCUGUGUGUCAGGCCGUACAGAAGGUACCUGCGGUGGCACCGCUUCAUCCCUGGCGGUGGCCUGUCAGAGUAUGGCAGAGAAUCCAUCUGGACUUCGCGGAGAAGGAUAGACAGUACUACCUAGUGAUAGUGGACAGUCAUUCUAAGUGGCUGGAGGUUUUCCACAUGACCUCCACAACAUCAAGCAGAACCAUAGAGGUGUUGCGCAAUCUAUUUGCUGCAUAUGGUCUUCCGGAAGAGGUUGUGUCAGAUAAUGGACCCCAAUUCGCCUCCGCAGAAUUCAAGCAGUUCCUUGACAACAAUGGAGUAAACCAAACUCUGGUACCACCAUAUCAUCCAGCGUCAAAUGGAGCGGCUGAGAGGUCGGUGCAAAUACUGAAGAGGGCGCUGGUGAAGCAGGUUCUGGACGCAAGGGGACAUCCCAGCAUCUCGCUGCAGCACAGGCUGUCAAACUUUCUGCUCAUGUACAGGGCGACGCCGCACGCAGUCACCGGUCGCUCCCCGGCUGAGCUGUUUUUAAAGAGAGAACUUCGCACCCAGUUCAGUCUUUUGAGACCAGAUCUGUCACGCACUAUAGAGCAUCAGCAGGCAAAGAAAAAGCUCUAUCAUGACAAAGACAGACUGAAAUUGAGAGAGUUUCAGGAAAACGACCAGGUCAGAGUGAAAAACUUCAGAGGAGGAGAUGAGAAAUGGACUGCCGCGACGGUCAUAAAGCGCUUAGGUCCAGUGACAUACCGAGUCUGGGAAGGAAACAGACAACGAUCAGUUCAUGUGGACCACAUGCUGUGGAGAAGAGGAGAACUCAAGGAAUUGGAGUCAUGUACACCUUUUGAGGGCCGGAACCUUACAUCCGAUGCCUCACCAGAGCCUGAUCUAGUAGAGGCCAGCGAAUUGAAACGGCCUGACUCCGACUCCUCAGAGAAGGGCAUCUGCCUGGGCCUAACAUUGUCAGGCAAUGUUACGUCUCCUCUGUGCAGCCAUAGCAGCACUGCUGUUGUACCUCCCGUAGUGCAGCCAAGGAGAAAUCCAGAGAGAAUCAGGAAGGCUCCCAAGAGAUUGGACUUGUAA